AUGGCUCCAAACGUGCACAGUGGCAUCAACACUCAACAACUCUCAGAGUGUGUACUUUUCGUGAGUGUGUUCCACACGCAUCCCCAUGCUACCGAGUUGCUGUAUGCAGUCAACAGCACGAUCACCACUGGCAUGAUCCCACAGGGCGGUACACGCUUUAUCUUCAACAAUGUGACCGCUGGUUCUGGCAUAGUCCUUCCUCAGGGCUCUGUUUACUUCGAGAUCAAUGACAACUGUGACCCUGUUACAUUCGUUUCUGCGCUGAACAGCGAGGAUCCUGGUGCUAGUCCAGUUGCUCAGCUCUUUUUCGGAAUGCCGCCCAACGUCGUCAGCACGUCUCUCGAUCCCCGACACUUCAUCCUCGGCACAGACAAGUGCCUGCAGCGCUGCGGCCUCAUGCGCAGCACCCAGCCGAUGGCCCAGCAGGAUCCGCGCGUACCGGGGAACACAUUCCUCUCCGGUGUGAGCACGGGCAUGGGUGCGGCCACCUCCUCGACGUCGUACAGCCGCAGCAUCAUGCAGACCGCGGACCUCAUUGCGGCGAUCGAGAACUCCAUCGCGCUGUCAGUGAUCUGCAUCUCCGCAACUGUAGCCUCCUCCGCGGACAUUACGACAUGCAAUGAACUCGCGCGUGGUUUGAAAUGGAUACAGGGAUGCUGGGAACAACGGUUCUGCGUGCAGUAG